AUGGGCGCCGGUUCGCUAUCGACAUUAUUCCCUGGAGAAAUACGUUUGUACGCCUCGGCCACUACAGAUCCACCUAUCGGUUGGCUUAAAUGCGAUGGUUCAAGAGUGCCACGUGCUACCUAUUCACGUCUCUUUAAUGUGAUAGGGACAACUUAUGAUGUGGACAAUACUAACUCGACUAGUUUUCAACUGCCUGAUCUCCGAGGUCGUGCUGCGAUAGGACAAGAUCCGUUUGGAAUUCGAGCACACCAUGCUUCCAAAAUUGGUGCUACAGGUGGUCAUGUGAAACAUACUCUAACAAACGAUCAACUACCAGUACAUUAUCAUGCAUCCGGAUCCCUGACGAUCGGUUCGGGUGGGACGCACAUGCACGGCAUUGAUGACCCAGGGCAUACACACGAAGCAACAGUUUAUCACUCCGGAAACUUCUCCAAAGAACUGCAUCUCAAGACGUAUAAUGGAUUGAGUGUCUGGAGCCAAGGCAAAGUUAAAGUUCAUCGCAGUACUACAGGCAUCACAGUAAAUGCGGCCGGUGAUCAUGCACACACAUUGGCCGGAAGCACAGGUGCAACAGGAAAUGGAGAGUCAUUUUCUCAGCUCAAUCCAUACCAAACAUUGGAUUAUAUCAUAUAUGCUGGUUAA